AUGAGGAGUGUAUUGAGACGGGGAAAUGUUAUAGUGCGUGGGGCAGCCACUUCGGCGAUCCCUGCUACCACAGGGAUUUACGAAUUUAGAGAGGUUCAUAGUGAAGUGAAAGGUUCAACAGUAUCGAAGCUUAGAACUAGAAAUUUCCCUUCCCAACAAUUUGACGGGUCCCUUUCAAGUUCGCAUUUGGCAUCUGCAGUGUCUGCAGAAGGUCGUAUAGUACGAGAUCAAGUCAAACUGCAGAUUUACGAGUGCUUACAGAAUAAUCAAUACGAGGUGGUGAUCCGAUUACUUAAAGCUCUCACUGAUACAAAGACGCAAGAAGAACUGGGGAGAUGGAAUGACGUAUUAACCAAAGAAGAACUCUCCUUCUUCCUUGGAAAAUUAGUUACGUAUCAGAAACAGUUGGUGGUUAGAGCCACUUCCAGCAAAGCCGUUUCAUUGGACCAAAUUGAACCAUUUCAAAACGCCAAUAUCACCAAAAAUAAUAUACGAACAAUCUACAAUAACCUCUUAUACGGGAGCCGUGAUCAGACAUUUAUGUACGACAGAAGUACGAGAAAUGACUUGACGGUAUCUCCAGACUGGACCGGGUAUGAAUUGAUGGUUCAUGACUAUGAGAACUUGAUUGAAUUGGAAAUCACCAAUAUGAAGUUUGAUUUGGCGUCUAAAUGGUUCCAAAGAUUUGACCAACAAUUUGGUGAAACCAGCAUAGAUCACAUGACCCACAGGUUAUGGGUUCUCAAGCUUGAAACUUACUGUGGGGGGUACCCAUCGUCGUGGGAGAUCUCAGACAAGGUUAAUGAGUUGACCACAUUGAACCACCAGCCCAAGCAGUCUUUUCUCAAGCUGAGCAAGAACUUCUUGGUGGUGUUCAAUGAGUUCUUGCAACUGCAAAAGGUCAGAGGAGGCACUGCAUUAGGCAAGUCAUUGGGUAGUGAGUUUGUCAAAGCCUUGAUCUACUCUGCCGGCUAUUCUCGGAACACAGAGUACUUAACCAAGAUGAUCCACUUGAUCUACGGCAUUGACGCCAAGGGAGAAUUGGUUAUGACCAAAUCAGAAGACCUCGUGCAACCAACUCAACAAGUGUUGGAGGCUAUUUUUGUUGCGUAUGCUUAUAAUAACGAGAUCUUCAGCGGGUUGAAGUACAUCAAUGCCUUCCAACAGCUGUACAACAUCGACUUAUCUUCCAGACAUGCAAGAUCGUUAUGGGGCAAGUUGUUCCGAUGGAGCGAGAACAUGACACGAUACGACGAAUCCAAAACGCUAAUCAUGUUCAUGAAGAUUGAAAAUACGAACUCAGACAAAAGUGUCACCAUUCCUGUGGUGUCUUCAUUGGAAGAAGCACAAAGUAAUAUAAACUUCGAUUACGAGGGUUAUGUGGAGUACGUGGAGUCUGUUCGUACCAAAAGACUCAAUACCAUGAAUGCUCUUUGGAGCUUGUACAAAGCAAAUAACAGUUUCUACUCCAAUUCAGCAUAUUAUUCCUAUUACAAGAUUUUGUCUGAAUCAUUGAAACAUGAUUUGAAAACUUCUCUUGCAGCAGAAGCUGUCAAUCCCGAAGUCGAACAACCUGUCUAUAAGUUUCUUACAGAACUUGAUCAAGUUUAUCAUACUAUUAACUCCCCCGAGUCAUACAAUUUUGGCCCGGUUUCAUUGGGCCAAUAUCACGAUUCUGUAAGACACAUUUACGAAUCUGCAGUCAAAGAUUUGAUCUCAUAUAAACUGGAACUCGCCCACAUGGGCCAAGUGGAACCUCUCAUACAGGAAUGGAGUAUUGAUCUGCAAAUGAAAGAGUCUUUACUUCUAUGGUACGCUCAAGUCAAACCUAUCUACAUGGCUGAACUUGAAGACAAGAGAGAAAAGAAAAUGGUACUGCUUAGAGCAGAUGAAAAUGAUGAUUCUUUCCUUGGUCUUAUGUAG